UAUGGGAGAAGGAAAAUUACGAAAGUGCUUAUCCACCGCAGGGCUAAAAUCGAGGCCAAGGAUAACAACGGCUGUACAGCACUCCACAAAGCAGCAGCUAAAGGUAAAGCAAAGACAGUUAUAGUGCUCAUACAAGCGAAAGCGGACGUAAAUGCUAAGAAUGACGAGGGAGACACACCACUUCAUAUUGCAGCAGCUAAAAACUUCUUCAACAUAGUAGAAAAGCUACUUGAAGAAAAUGCGGAC